AUGCAUGAGAGCGGAGGAGACUCAUCGGCAGCAGCAGCUACUUCCAAAAACCAUUUCAAAGAUGGAAUUAUCGAUUUGUUGGCUGGAACUGCUGGAGGCGUGGCCAAUGUGUACGCGGGACAACCGUUGGAUACGGUCAAAGUGAAAGUACAAACAUUUCCGAAUCUCUACUCGAAUUGGGUCGUUUGUCUCAAGGAUACCUAUAAAUUGGAUGGAAUUCGUGGACUUUAUGCAGGAACCCUGCCGGCUCUCGCCGCGAAUGUCGCUGAAAACGCGGUGCUCUUCACAGCGUACGGUUACUGUCAGAAGACGAUUGCCACGUUGAACGGACUAGAAGACGUCAAACACAUGACACCACUGGAGAACGCGUUCUCCGGAUCCCUCGCCGCCGUUUUCGCGGCUACAGUACUCUGUCCGACGGAAUUAGUGAAAUGUAAACUACAAGCGGCGAGAGAAAUGAAACAGAAGUGUACACCGUUCUCCGUCUGUCGAGAUAUUGCGAAGACCACCGGUGUCCGUGGAUUCUUUGUCGGAAUGACGCCUACAUUGGCUCGAGAAGUGCCCGGAUACUUCUUCUUCUUUGGUGCCUACGAGACUUGUCGUUAUCUGUUGACUGAGGAAGGACAACGGAAGGAAGAGAUCGGUUUGGCGAAGACGGCGAUCGCUGGAUCUGCCGGUGGAAUGGCACUUUGGACGUCCAUUUAUCCGGCGGACGUUGUCAAAUCGAGAAUGCAAGUCACUGGUGGUGGCACUUUUAUGAGCACACUCAUGACCGUCGUUAAGGAGAAUGGAAUCCGUGGUCUCUACAAAGGACUUCUACCAACUAAUCUCAGAACUUGCUUCGCCUCCGGAUGCCUGUUCGUCGCCUACGAGGAAACGCGCAAAUUCUUCCACUACCUCCUCUAG